AUGGUGAUGAUCACAGUUGAGUUGGACAAAUUACGCCCAGAAUUUAGAUCUGGCCUGGAUGCAUUAACAAAGUUUGUCUUCGAGAGAACCAGGCCUAAGCAAGUGGGAGCUACAAUUAUGACAGGCCCUGUUCUGGCUGGUGUAACACAAUCCUUCCUAGAUGCCAUUAAUAAUGGAGCGGUGCCUACAAUUUCUUCCUCAUGGCAGAGUGUUGAAGAAGCAGAAUGUCGUAGAGCAUUUGAUUCAGCUACUGAGGUUUAUAUGUCUGCUUUUGACCGCUCAAGGCCUCCCGAGGAAGUUGCUUUAAGGGAAGCGCAAGAGGAAGCUGUUCAAAAAGCACUUGCUUCAUUUAACGCUAGUGCUGUUGGAUCUGGUUCAGCAAGACAAAAGUAUGAGAAGCUUCUUCAGAACUUCUUCAGAAAGGCUUUUGAGGAAUACAAAAGGAGUGCAUUUAUGGAGGCUGAUUUAAAAUGUUCAGAAACCAUACAGAACAUGGAAAAGAAAUUACGAGCGGCUUGCCAUAUUCCUGAUGCAAAAAUUGAUCAGAUAAUCAAGUUUCUUGAUGACCUGCAAUCUGAAUAUGGAAAGGCAUCUCAUGGCCCCAGAAAGUGGCAGAAGCUGGCAAACUUCUUACAGCAGAGUUUGGAAGGUCCCAUACAUGACCUUGUGAAGAAGCAGUUGAACCAAAUUGGAUCGGAGAAGAGUGCUCUCACAUUGAAAUGCCACUCAAUUGAAGACAAGUUGGGGUUGCUUAACAAGCAACUAGAAGCAAGUGAGAAGCACAAAGCUGAGUAUCUGAGGCGUUAUGAAGAUGCCAUCAAUGAUAAGAAGAAGCUUGCUGAUGAAUAUAUGAGUCGCAUUACAAAUUUACAGAGCAAGUGUAGCUCACUGGAGGAGAGGUGUUCGAGUUUAUCAAAAACGCUGGAUUCUGCCAACCUGGAAUCCUUGGAAUGGAAAAGAAAAUAUGAUCAGAUAUUUGCAAAGCAAAAAGCUGAGGAAGACCAAGCCAAUUCAGAAAUAUCUAUUCUUAGGUCCAGGACCAGUGCUGCUGAAGCGAGACUUGCUGCUGCUCGUGAACAUGCUCAGUCUGCUCAGGAGGAGGCAGAGGAGUGGAAACGGAAGUUUGACAUUGCUGUUAGAGAGACCAAGGCUGCACUGGAGAAAGCCGCGGCAGUGCAGGAACGAACAAAUAGGCAGACACAACAAAGGGAGGAUGCUCUGAGGGAAGAAUUCUCAGCCACAUUGGCUGAAAAGGAAGAGGAGAUUAAUGACAAGAUAGCGAAGAUUGAAUAUUCUGAGCAGCGGUUGACUACAUUGAGUUUAGAGUUGAAGGCUGCAGAGUCAAAACUGAAGAGCUAUGACUUGGAAACAUCAGCGUUUAAACUUCAAAUCAAAGAGUUGGGUGAGAAGCUAGAUACCGUGAAUGCUACUGCUCAAUCAUACGAGAGAGAAGUCAGGAUACUGGAACAAGAAAAGAACCAUCUAGAGCAAAAGUAUUCGUCUGAGUUGAAAAGGUUUGAAGAAGUCCAGGAAAGGUGCAAAUUUGCUGAAAAGGAGGCUAAGAGAGCAACUGAACUGGCUGAUAAAGCGCGAGCAGAAGCGGUCAUUGCUCAAAAGGAAAAGAGUGAAUCUCAGAAGUUAGCAAUGGAACAACUGGCCCAAAUUGAAAGGGUUCAAAGGCACAUUGAGAGCCUGGAAAGACAGAAAGCUCACCUGGUGGAUGAAGUAGAUAAGUUCCGUGUCUCUGAGAUGGAUGCCCUGUCAAAGGUUGCUCUAUUGGAGGCCAGGGUUGAAGAGAGGGAGAAGGAAAUUGAGUCGCUUUUGCAAUCAAACAAUGAGCAGAGGGCGAGUACCGUUCAAGUUCUUGAAAACCUUCUGGAGAAUGAACGAGCAGCAAGAGCAGAGGCAAGCCGAAGGGCUGAAGCCCUAUCAGUGCAGCUACAAUCUACCCAGGGUAAAUUAGAUCUUCUCCAGCAGGAGUUGACUUCAGUUCGUUUGAAUGAAACAGCAUUGGAUAGUAAGCUCAAGACUACUCAUGGGAAGCGUCUGAGGGUUGAAGACUGUGAUGUUGCAGUUGAAUCUGUCCGAGAUAUGGAAGUUGACAACAUAAUCAGGGGAAGGAAAAGGUCCAAGAGCACAACCAGCCCUUUGAAGGUGACACAAUCAGAAGAUGGGGGUUCAGUAUUUAAGGUUGACGAGGAUAACAAUCACAGCCAGCGAAAUGAGUCGGAGGAUUAUACCAAGUUCACUGUGCUGAAACUGAAGCAAGAGCUCACAAAACAUGGUUUUGGGGGAGAGCUGCUACAGUUAAAGAAUCCCAACAAGAAGGACAUACUUGCUUUAUAUGAAAAACAUGUCCUACAGAAGUAGUACCUGACUCUAGUGUAGACUUGUAUAGGGCAAUGCUGUAAUCCUUCACUGAUAUAUCAACUCAAUACUUGGGAGUGGUAGAGGUUUUGUCAAGUGGGGAUCAUUUUAGAAAGUAUCCCAACUUAGCCAGGUGCAGGUUUAAGGAGAAACUUUUAGUGUACUGUGGAGCUUACUUGUUCAGAAGAAUUUGCUUCAUUAUUUAUUCUUCAUUUGUGUGGUCACUGGGUCUGGGCUGAGUGGAGUGUUUGUGUGCAUUGCUUGGUUGGCAUCUUCCAGAAUGGUUCAUUUGAGAAGGAAUGAUCCGUAAAGCUGGAACAGGAUAAGUUAACUUUCAUCAGCAUGCCGUGGUUGUGUCCUACUGGCAUGGCAGAUGGAUAGAUGCAUGAUUCUGAGUCUUCAUUCAUCAGCUUGUCAUGACAGAAGGAAGUCCCUAUGAAGUCUAUGUAGAAGAAGCACAAGCAAUUUGUGGUGGAUCUUAUUUUGCUACUUGCUUAGGUUAGCAUGAUGAUAGACUGCCUCUGUUUUUUCUUUUUUGGGUAGAACCAUGAGAAUAGUGACUGAGUUUGUGUUUGUAGAACUAAUAGGAAAAGAAUGUGAAACUAGAAAGUAACAUCCAAAAGUGUAUUUUAGCUUUUUUUUUUUUU